AUGGGAGCAGGGGAUCAAUGGAAAUAUCUUUACAGAGUACUAUCAAAGUCGGGUCCUUACUCUGACCCGGACUGGGUUCCCGGAGAAGAAACAAUAAAGUCUUUGGAGGAAUCUAAGAUAUUGGUGAUUGGAGCUGGAGGGUUGGGAUGCGAGAUCCUGAAGAACCUCGCCCUGUCGGGCUUCAAGGACAUCCACGUUAUCGACAUGGACACUAUUGACAUCUCCAACUUGAACCGACAAUUCUUGUUUCGCCAGUCUGACAUUGGCAAACCCAAAGCAGAGGUUGCCGCCGCAUUCGUUGAGAGGCGAGUCAAAGGGGUCAAGAUCACACCUUUUGUUGGCAAGAUCCAGGACAAAGAUGAAGAUUACUAUAUGCAGUUCAAGAUUGUUGUUUGCGGUCUUGACAGCAUCGAAGCUAGGCGAUGGAUCAACUCGACAUUAGUGGGAAUGGUUGAUAUGGAGAACCCGGAAAGCCUAAAACCUCUCAUUGAUGGCGGAACAGAAGGAUUCAAGGGCCAGGCGCGUGUGAUCCUACCUAGCCUCACAUCAUGCAUCGAGUGUCAACUUGAUAUGCAUGCUCCCCGGCCAGCCGUACCGCUCUGCACCAUCGCCACCAUCCCGCGCCAACCUCAGCACUGCAUUGAGUGGGCGCACCAGAUUGCGUGGCAAGACAAGCGCAAGGACGACUCGUUCGACAGCGACGACAUCGAGCACAUCGGUUGGAUCUACAAUGCCGCGCUUGAAAGAGCCAAAGAUUUCAACAUCCCCGGAGUGACUUUCCAGAUGACGCAAGGCGUGGUGAAGAACAUCAUCCCAGCUAUUGCAUCAACAAAUGCGGUCAUCGCAGCCGCCACGACAUCCGAAGCGCUGAAGAUCGCAACAUCCUGCAACCCCUUCUUAGAGAACUACAUGAUGUACGCCGGAGAGGAAGGCGUCUACACCUAUACGUUCGAAGCGGAGAAGAAGCCGGACUGCCCUGUUUGCGGCAACCUCGCACGCAAGAUAACAGUGAACCCCGACGCAACAUUGGAGGAGUUCAUCGAAACCCUUGGCGAGCGACCCGAGGCGCAGCUGAAGAAGCCGAGUCUGAGAACAGAGGAGAAGACGCUUUACCAGCGCUUUCCGCCUCAACUGGAAGAGCAGACGCGGCCGCACCUGAAGCUGAAGCUUCGCGACCUUGUCACGAGCGGGCAGGAGGUUGCCGUCAGCGACCCGGCGUAUACGAUUGAUUUCCGGUUCCAGCUGAUUUUCGGUUGA